AUGGGAGGAUCAAGAUCGUGUCCGUUUCAUCGUUGUUUUGAGAAUUGGAUCAACCAACAAGAGAAAGAUUUAGACGAGUUAAAUCAAGUAGCAAAAGAAGAUAGAAGAAAUGAUGAGAAACUACAAACCAUUGCUGAAAAAAACAUAAAACAGUUUCAAGAGUAUCAUGAGAGGAGAAUUCUAUUAGUCAAAGAAGAUCCAGCUUCAUCAUUCUCACCAACAUGGACAACACCAUUUGAAAACUCGUUCCUAUGGAUUGCUGGUUGUAGGCCAACUCUAGCCAUUCAACUCGUUUAUACACUAUGUGGGACUGAGUUAGAAGCUCAUUUAGAGGAGUUUUUACAAGGUAUAAGAAGAGGAAACUUAGGUGAACUUUCAUCCGUUCAAUUAGGUUUAGUUAAUGAACUUCAUUGUAAAACAGUGAAAGAAGAAGAAAUGAUAUCCAACCGAUUGGAAGUAUUACAAGAAGAUAUUGGUGAACAACAACUUGCAUCGUUGAUCAACACUUCACAUGAUUGUGAAACUAAUGUGCAGGUAAUGAAUAAAGCAGUCGAUGAUCACGCGGCGGAGUUGGCGAGCAUUUGGGAAGAAGCUGAUAGAUUAAGAUUGAAGACAGUGAAGGAACUGAUACACAUAUUGACGCCACUACAAGCUGUUGAUUUUCUGGUUGCUGCUAAGAAACUUUAUCUGUCGAUGCAUGAAUGGGGCCAAACAAGAAGAGACAGCAAUCCUCAUCAUUUUGUUAGUAAUCCUCAUGAAUCUUAA